GGGAGAGAAAAACCAACGAAAACUAACAAACAUCACCAUUAUUUUCUCUCUCCUCUUCCCUAAUCCCUUUCUCCUUUCCUUCUUCUCUGAACCCGCCAUUGCCGUCAAUUUCAAAGCUCAUAAACCCUAAUUUUCCAUCAUCAAUACCCUUCAAACCCCAGAAAAUCCCAUUUAGAAAUCGAUUAAUUUCUCGUUUUUUCUUCAAUUCGAACUUCGCUGAAUCGAAACACAAAAACCCUUAAAAAACAAUUUUGAUUUUGGGUCGAUUAAUAAAAGGGAUUCAAGAUGAGGAUUAUGAUCAAAGGAGGUGUUUGGAAGAACACCGAAGAUGAAAUUCUUAAAGCUGCUGUUAUGAAAUAUGGGAAGAAUCAAUGGGCUCGAAUUUCUUCUCUCCUUGUUCGUAAAUCUGCUAAACAGUGUAAAGCUCGUUGGUAUGAGUGGCUUGACCCUUCAAUUAAGAAGACAGAGUGGACUAGAGAAGAAGAUGAAAAGCUACUUCAUCUUGCGAAGCUUAUGCCAACUCAGUGGAGAACUAUUGCACCUAUUGUUGGUCGUACUCCAUCUCAAUGUCUUGAGCGAUAUGAGAAACUUCUUGAUGCAGCCUGUACUAAGGAUGAUAAUUAUGAACCUGGAGAUGACCCACGUAAAUUGCGUCCUGGAGAAAUUGAUCCUAAUCCAGAGUCUAAACCAGCACGACCAGAUCCUGUUGAUAUGGAUGAAGAUGAGAAAGAAAUGCUCUCUGAAGCAAGAGCUCGGUUAGCCAAUACAAGGGGUAAAAAGGCUAAAAGGAAAGCUAGAGAGAAGCAGCUUGAAGAGGCAAGGAGGCUUGCUUCUUUGCAGAAAAGAAGAGAACUCAAGGCAGCUGGUAUAGACGUCAGGCAAAGGAAGAGGAAAAGAAAAGGUAUAGAUUAUAAUGCCGAGAUCCCUUUUGAGAAAAGGCCUCCACCAGGGUUUUAUGAUGUUGUUGAAGAAGAUAGACCUGUAGAGCAACCUAAAUUUCCCACAACAAUUGAUGAACUUGAAGGAGAGAGAAGGGUGGAUAGGGAAGCCCGAUUAAGGAAACAAGACAUUGCAAAAAAUAAGAUUGCUGAGAGGCAAGAUGCUCCAGGAGCGAUAAUGCAAGCCAACAAACUUAAUGAUCCUGAGACAGUUAGAAAAAGGUCAAAACUGAUGCUUCCUCCUCCACAGAUUUCUGACCAGGAGUUGGAAGAAAUUGCACGAAUGGGUUAUGCUAGUGAUCUUUUGGCUGGAAAUCAGGAUCUUGCUGAUGGGAGUGGUGCAACCCACGCCCUUCUUGCAAAUUACUCCCAGACACCUCGACAGGGGAUGACACCCAUGCGUACUCCCCAGAGAACCCCUGCUGGGAAGGGUGAUGCUAUCAUGAUGGAAGCUGAAAAUCUGGCAAGACUAAGGGAAUCUCAAACACCAUUGCUUGGAGGAGACAACCCAGAUUUGCAUCCUUCAGAUUUUUCUGGCGUCACUCCAAAGAAAAGGGAUGUUCAAACUCCUAAUCCAAUGCUUACUCCUUCAGCAACUCCUGGAGGAACAAGUCUUACUCCGAGAAUUGGUAUGACUCCCUCUAGGGAUGGAAAUUCUUUCAGCAUGACCCCCAAAGGAACUCCUAUUAGGGAUGAACUUCGUAUUAAUGAAGAAAUGGAUAUGCAUGAUAGUGCAAAACUUGAACUUCGGAGACAAGCUGAACUGAAAAGGAACCUGCGUAUGGGUCUAAGUGGUCUACCAGAGCCCAAAAACGAGUAUGAAGUAGUUGUUCGUCCAGAACCCGAGGAUUCCGAGGAUCCAGAGGAGAUGAUUGAAGAAGAUAUGUCUGAUAGGUUAGCCCGUGAGAAGGCUGCAGAAGAAGCGAGGCAGCAGGCAUUACUCAGAAAGAGGUCAAAAGUGCUGCAAAGGGAGCUUCCUCGACCUCCUUCUGCCUCUGUUGAGCUCAUUAAGAAUUCAUUGAUGAGAGCUGGUGAAGACAAGAGUUCAUUUGUCCCUCCUACUGACAUUGAGCAGGCAGAUGAAAUGGUGAGAAAAGAGUUGCUGAGUUUGCUAGAGCAUGAUAAUGCCAAGUAUCCACUUAGUGAGAAAGAGCAGAAGAAAGCAGCUAAGCGAAGUGCUAAUACAGUACCUGUCAUUGAGGAUUUUGAACUAGAUGAACUGAAAGAGGCUGGUUCAUUCAUUGAGGAAGAGGCGCAGUAUCUAUGUGUAGCAAUGGGACAUCAGGAAGAGACCUUAGAUGAUUUUGUUGAGGCACACAAGACUUGUUUAAAUGAUUUGAUGUAUUUCCCUACUCGUAAUGCUUAUGGUCUCUCCAGUGUGGCUGGAACUGUUGAGAAGCUUGCUGCCUUACAAAAUGAAUUCGAAAAUGUUAAGAGGAAGAUGGAUGAUGAUAAUAAAAAGGCACAACGGCUUGAGAAAAAGAUUGAUGUUCUUACUCAUGGUUAUAAGAUGCGGGCUGAUAAACUGAAGACACAAAUCGAGCUCACAUUCAAACAGAUGAAUACAGCUGGAACUGAAUUGGAUUGCUUCCUAGCUUUGCAGAGACAGGAAAAUAUGGCAGCUUCAUUUAGAAUCAAGGGCCUUUGGGAAGAAGUCCAGAAGCAGAAAGAGGUAGAGAAAACUUUACAGAAACGUUAUGGAGAUCGUGUUGCUGAACUGGAGAGUAUCCGGCAGCUCAUGGAUCAGUACAGAAAAGCGGAAGAAAUAGAAGCUAAGAAACAAUUAGAAGAGUUGGCUAACAAUGCAGCUAAUCAGGCUUCACUACUGAGCUCUGAAACUCCGGAACCUGUAAGCGCCAUGGAAGUAGAUUCCUCUGAUGAUGUAAGACCUCAGGAGGAUGGUGAAGCUUCUGAAACGGUCAAUAGAGCUAGUUUACAAAAUAUCAUGCACACAGAUGGUGAUGUGGCAUCAAUUGCGGAUACACCAAGCAUAUCUCUUGCUUCUGAGGCUAAGGGAUCUGAAGCUGCCAUGGAGCAAAAUGUAGGCGACACUAAUGUUCCCAACAGCAUUUUGGAUAAUACAGAUCAUCCUGUUGGGGAAGCUCUUGAGAACAAUGGUUUUGUCGAUGGAGAGCCUGUUUCUAUCUCUAAACUGGAGACACAAGAAGUAGAUGGGGAGCUCAGUAGCCAGAUCAAUGAGGCAGAAGGGAAUAAACUUAUGAUAGAUGGAGAUGUGGGCAAGCCUGUAGAAAGGGUGGAAGAUGGUGCCAGUAAUAAUCAAGUGUGAUACCAACUUGCAACUUAAGUAGUAGGUUGUUGCUAUCUGUUGGAGCCCACUGCGCCUAAAAGAGGCAUAAGAGAUUAAGAGGGAAUGUGGAAGAGAUGAUUCGAAUGAGACUAUUGAAGUUUGUUGGGUCUUCAUUUUUGCUUGUGCAUUGUUCCUUUAGCGAGUAUGGAUUUAAAAACAAUUGAUCUUGCUUCACUCCCAUGUCAUGGUAUUUGGCAUGAUCCCUGGUCUUCUGCUGUUAGAACAACUCUGAAAUACGUUAAAUGUGUGGGCUUUGUUUUUAUCUAAUAGAAUGAUCUCUAUUGAAGAUAAAACCUGUCCAGAAACAACAAUCUGAUUUGUAUGUUAGAAGUUGUACCAUUUCCUGGGAAGCUGCUUAAAACACCUGUACCAUUUCAAGGAUAAGUUCUCAGAGGAUAGCUUGCUUCAAUCUGGUAAUACUAAUUGUUCUAUUUGCAACUUAUACUAAAAUUGCUUGAGCUUCCCCCAAUUUUGUUGAUAACCUGAAUCUUGUUCUCGUUGAUUGGGGAUAUGACCCAGGCUAAGUAAUGUCUUCUCGUAUGAGUUUUAAUCAUCUUGUUCCUAGUAAUUUUUUCCAUAUGGGACUAUAUCCUUAUUUGUGUUUUCUUUAGAGGAGCGGGAUGGUUUACAAAUGGUGGUGCAGAAUUGAACUUUCAGCUUUCUGUUGAGGACAAGACUUGAACCAUGAGCUUAUUUUGAUGUUUUUCUUUUCUAAAUUUGCUGCUGUAUUAAAUGUGAUAGAUUCUGUAUGCUUGUUUUGUAGAUUUAAACAUAUCUUUCUUUACUCAUCUAGAGCUUUUGCUUUACAAGAUUUAUGUAGGUCUUUUAAGUCGAGUAAACGGGUUGUUUCGUUAUACAAGGAACUUAAUUUCAA